GUAUCUUUCUUUCUUUCUCUUUACCAGAGAGAAAUUCUACGGUACAGAGUAGAAGUAGAUCGCAGGACAAAGAAAGAAAACCUUCAUUGCUAAGAGAUCGAGAGAUGGGAUUGCAAUGGAUGGUGUUGAGUUACGCGGUGAUGGUUGAAGCGAUCGUAGCAAUUCUGAUUACUCUUCCAUCGCCCAAGCUCAUCAAGGCUCGCAUCGUCUCUCUAAUCUCACUCAUCCUCCAACCUUGUUUGUUCGUCAUACCCUUUUCCGCUUUCCAGCUCUUAGAUAUCUAUUGGAAGAACGAACACCGAUUGAUGUGCGUUGGUGAGUCCUGCACUGCUUCUGAAAGAGAUCGUUACGAGAAAUCGAUAUUCAAGGCUCAAAGGAAUGUGAUUCUAUGUGCAUCAGCAUGUCUACUAUACUGGUGUAUUUAUCGGGUUUGUAAGUACCAUAAGGAAAUCGAGACUCUCGAGGAAGUGGAGAAGAGGUUGAAGGAGCAAUAAUAAAUAUUAUAUGUAUGCGCGAUGCACCAACUGUUAUGUUCAGCAUUUUGGCUUUGGUUAAGACAUUUUUACUCUUAUUUUUUACUUGUUUGCAAAUCUAAUAUUUUCCUUAUUUGAAAACAACACGUUGUUUGAAUU